GCGAAAGGGAGGGGCUGUAUUCUGGACUCCUAGCCUUAGCCGGCUCCAGUGCCUUCUCCGAGGAAAGGGGGGCAAGGCUGCCUGAACACUGACAUGGUCAAAGGAAACGUCCAGGCUGGCGUAUUUGACUGAAGAUGGUGUUUGGUAUAUGCGGCCAGAAGGAGAGGCUCUGCAGGGUCCUGUACGUAGUACAGGUCUUCAUUCUUGCAGGAAUGGUAUACUAUUAUUUCCAGGAGUCUGUGGGGAAAACAGCUUCUGACCACGAGAUUGCUGGGGAGUCGUCACUGACCAUAGGGGAGACCUUAAGGCCACUGUGGGGGCUGAUGGAUAAGUGCUACCCCGUGGCCACUCAGAGACACAGAGUCAGGAGUGGGAAGAAGCAAGGCUCCAAGGCCACAACCCCCGAGGCUCUGGGAGGACUGAAUGAUGCUGCCCCCAAGGCGGAGAGGGACAUCCUGUCUCCUGGGGAGAAGGCGGGACAAGAGGCGGGGAGGGUCCCAGGCCAGGGAGCAGCCAGCCCCACUCCUGCCUGGAAGGAAGUGGCUGAGGAGAAGGAGGUGGCAGGGAGCCCAGGCUGGGAGGGAAAUAAGAAGGUCUGGAAGGAGCCUGCUCUCCCUCCUUCAGAGGCCUCUGGGGUGCAGAGCCAGGAGGAACGGCCCGGCGGGUGGGCCCCCCAGGUCCUGAGGAAGCUCUGGCGCGACUGGUUCCCCGACUCUGACCGCCCUGAGACUCAGAAGCACGAGUGACAAUCCAAUAAACGCACAAGGUGAUGCC